AUGACAACUCUUUUGGAUCAAAUGGCGUCAAAAUUCUCUGACCUUUUAAUUCAAAAUGUCGACAUGAAAAAGUCGAUUGAUGGUCUUCAAAGUCGCUUUCCCACCAAAACCGAGAAAAUUGACGAAGUUGAAAAUUUGCCGUCGAAAAUUGAAAAGGUUGAAAAUCAAAUCCAACAAAGUGCGCCGACGCAAUACACCAAAUCACCAUCACCAAAACUACAACAACAACAACCAAAACAACAAACCCAUUCGUAUCAACAAGAAAUCCAACGCCCAAAUUAUCCCGCAAAAAGUCCGAGUCCAAACACCCCCAAAGAGCAGAAGAAGCCGUCGAUUCCAAUUAUAAAUACAACGAAACCGACUCCAUUGGCGCCAAAGAAUAAGAAAGACGACUUUGCGGGGCUCUCAUUUGAAACGGAAAUUGCUAAAAUCAAAAAACAGCAAGACGACAAUUUGAGUGUUAAAAAGAAAAACCACGAGGAGACAAAGAAAGUGCAAACCAAACUUGAAAACGUCGAAAUUGAUGACAAAAACAGUUCACUGGAAAUUGCGACAGAUGUGAAGAAGAAGACAGAGAGUGCUACACUAACUGGAGUUAAGAUACCAGAGACACCAAACACAUAA